UAGCUUUUGAAAUGUAAUUAUGGUGAUCUUGUACAACCUAAGUGUAGCGACACAUUUCCUGCCACAUCCGAAACGGCUCACAAUUAGCCAGCAUUCCGGCUAAGGGAGAUAGCCUACGGGGGUUUGUGAGUACGCGUCUUUUGCAGCAUCUGCGUCCAUGGGGGCUGGGUUGAGGGAGGCUUAAAAGCAAGGCUGUUUAGUUCGAAUAAAGCUAUCUUUGACUGCAGUUUACUGACACCGCUACAACGUGUUUUUAUCGCUGGCUGUCCAGACGGAAGGUGCUGAAACGCUUUGUCGCGUGUCUGGAAGAAGUGAAAACUUUCCUGGGCAGCAAAGGGCUCACCUUUCCUGAGCUGGAACAGCCAGAGUGGCUGGAAAAGCUACACUUCAUGGUAGACAUGACAGCGCACCUGAACACGCUGAACACAGCUCUUCAGGGGAAAGGACGUACAGCCCUGCACAUGUUGGAGGAUGUUUUGGCAUUCGAGCGCAAGUUGACAGUGCUUGCCAGAGAUUUACAGAAAGGCACUUUGUCUCACUUCCCCAAUUUGAGAGAGUUCAAACAAGGUCACGACAUGAUAAUUUCGGAGUAUUUACAUUCUGCAAUCAUCGCAAUGCAAACAUCGUUUGGGAAACGCUUCUGUGAGUUCAGAGAGGAAAAAAACACAUUAUCCUUCCCGGUCACUCCCUUAAGCAUCGAUCCUUCCCUACUGAAUACGACUGCAUUGGCAGGUGUGAGUCAACCUGAUCUUGAGAUGGAACUGGCCGACAUAGCCGACAAAGACAUAUGGGUGUCCAAGUUUAGACGCUUGACAGCAGACCUUGAAGAUGUUGCCCGUCAGAAGGCCGUUCUUGCUCAGAAACACAAAUGGAGUGAUAUUGAAAACCUCACAGAUGACAGCUUGCGAUCCUGUGUAAAGAUGAAGGUGACAUCAUACAGCCCUGAUGUGCAGACGCUGUGCGCUGAGGUCCAGGAGCAGAAAUCCCAUUAACCAAGAUGACAGCUGGCUGACGUUAUUUUUGGUUUGCUGCUGGCGGAAAAUUUAAGUUCGGCGUUUUUCAUAAAUACAAGAAGGACUCAAAUAGACAUUGAAUAUUUUACUUAAAAGUAACUUUCAACCCAACGUCUUUUUUUCGGAGUUCAAAAUGUUUUUGUUGCAUGCAGAAAUGUAAUUUCGUUUUCUCUGCAGGAGUUCAUCAAUUUCAUAAA